GGUCUCAACCUGUGGACCUGUCUGCUGGGAGGACAGUCAGGGAGGGGUGCACAGCGGCGCUAUACUCCUCCGUGAAGUAACCAAACCAUCAAACCAGCGCCAUCCACGGACACAGGAGCGGCCGCGGGGGCUUCUUUUCCGGCGUGUCUGUCUCGGUUUCGGAGAAGUGGAUGUUUGAUGGCAUUUUUUCGGUCUCCGCGGCGCUGCUCCUCGGCUCUGGGCAGAAGAGGAUUCAUUAGCUAACAUUAGCUCGCUAACAAGACAGUGGACAUGGCUAUUCACUAGACUGCCUGAAAACCUCUUUAUGGAUCACAGAGGACACCAGAGAAGUCUUCACCUGUGUCACUAUUAGACAAGCUGACUGUGCUUCUGAACUGACCUGAGUGCAUAAGGCCUCUUCAGUUGUGAAACAUCUGUCGGGCAGCCCCGAAGGCCUACUACUAUGCACUAUAAACACGGCGAGAUGAGGUGUGGAGUGGUGGCCAGGAGCAUGAUAGUUCUACUGAGGACUAUUCUCUUGCUAAUAGGACUUGUACUGAACAUGGCCCAGUGCACAGACCAUGACCAUCAGCAGACCUUGGUGGAGGCCCUGUCUCUGGAGCUAGAGGCAUCCAUGCAGUCAUCAGUGCUGAAUGGGCUUCAGAAUGCACUGUCCUCUGUCGGAGACAGUCCCUCUUCGGCCCUCCCUGAGUCUACUGCAAAGAUGGGUGCGCCUUCUGGCAUUCCUGACUCUUCCGCCAUCGCAGGACAGGUGUUCCAGCUCAAGGUGCCACUGAGACAAGACAAUGGAAGCUGUCAUGUCCACGUCACAGAAAUGGGGAAAGAGAGCCUACCCUCCUGGCUAUUAUGGGACAGAGAGAGCUGCACUCUGCGAGGCUUGGCUCUGGAGCAGGAUAAAGGCAUCUAUCACAUCUCGGUUUCAGAAGACGGUUCACCUGAUAAGUCUGGAUCUGAGGUUUCUCCAAGUACAGUAUUUUCUAUUGAGGUCUAUCCAGAGGAGCGGGCAGACAGCGAGCAGGCCCUCCUGACUGUCCAAAGUGAGACCAGUGGUGUUCAGCCAUUCACCUGUGGCCCUGAGGAGCCCGUCACCGUCCUCACCGUCAUCCUGGACGCUGACCUGACUAAAAUGGCCACCAAACAGAGAGUCACUUUACUUAGCAUCAUGAGGAAAUUUUCCCAUGUUCCCAUUGAGCACAUGAGGGUGGUUCCUGUUGUCAACAAUCGGCUAUUUGACAUGUCUGCUUUCAUGGCUGGACCAGGAAAUGCAAAAAAGGUGGUGGAGAAUGGCGCACUAGUGUCGUGGAAACUGGGAUGUGCAUUAGACCAGAGCAGAAUUCCUGAUAUUAGCAGCGUCCAAGAUUUGGCAAAGGACGGGACAAUGUCUGCGAAACUUGGCUUUCCUGUUGUGGGUUGGCACAUAGUCAACAAGAAACCACAUAAUAUAAAAAGAGUGAGACGACAACUAUACAAUACUCCAACACCGGUGCCCUCCUUGUUACCACCAACCACGCACCCUGACCCUCCAGUACGUGUUAUCCCCACCCCAACUUCACCUGUCAUCGCUUCAGCAACUGACAUCUCUGCUCCCCCUGUGAGAGGCCCUCUGCCCCUCCCAGUGAAGCCAACUAUGAGAGUCAGGGAUCAGAUCGCACACACACCUGUCUUUGGGCCACCUCAGCCUACUAGAGUCUUAGGAUCCACAAGUACCAUCUCAGUCCUGCCCACCAUGACACGUCCUACAAUUGUGGAGGCUACUGCUUCCCCAACUUUACCAAGUACAACCAAAAGACCCAAGACGGGAACUACAAAGAAGCCACCCAAGAAGCCCAAAUCUUCUACACCUGCGCCAAGAGGGCCCAAGUCGACCACAGUCAAAACACCUAAGCGUACUACAACAACCCAGCCUACGCCCCCAGAAAACAGAAGUCCAGAGAUCCGUAACCCCAUAGACCAGGUUAACGCUUGGGUUGGUACCUACUUUGAGGUCAAAAUCCCAACUGAUACGUUUUAUGACAUUGAAGAUGGUACCGCAGAUAAAUUGCGUUUAACCUUGAAGAGGACACCCAAGGAAGCUGUGAGUGAGACCUCCUGGAUACAGUUCAAUAGUACAAUCCAGCUGCUGUAUGGACUCCCAGAGGCACAGCAUGCGGGCAAGCAUGAGUAUUUCAUGUUGGCUACAGAUAAGGGGGGAAAGAGUAUCAUGGAUGCCUUUGAAGUACAGGUUAACAAGUGGGCAUCUAAUGACAAACCAACCGCCAUAUUUGCUGCUCGGUUCCAUGGUGAUCCUAAAACCCUCUCCGAUGAUGUUCAUAAGAAAAUUUUACUGACUAAAAAGUUGGCUUAUGCUCUUGGCGAUCGCAACAGCAGCACAGUGACUCUAAGAAAUAUCACUCAUGGCUCCAUUGUGGUGGAGUGGACCAAUAACAGCCUCAGUCAGAACAGCUGUCCUAAAGACCAGAUCACAGUUCUGAGCAACAGGAUCUCAGACCAUCAAGGCACUCCCAAAAUGGCCUUUAUCAAAGCUAUGGAGCCUGAGUUUAAGCCCAUUAACAUCUCUGUUCGAGGGACCAAUAAAUGCCAAACCUAUUCAUUCAUUCCUCCAGCGGAGAUCCCCCUGCCUCCCGUGCCCACAGUGGCACCCACACCGGGUGCAGGGCGAGUGAGCAGUGGAGAUGAUGUCUAUCUACAUACUGUCAUUCCUGCUGUGGUAGUGGCAGCCCUGCUGCUUAUAGCAGGGAUCAUUACCAUGGUCUGCUACAAAAAGAAGCGCAAAGGCAAGAUGACUAUAGAGGAGCAAGCCACGUUUAUUAAAAAAGGUGUUCCCAUAAUAUUUGCAGAUGAGUUGGAUGAUUCCAAGUCGCCUCCAUCUUCUAGUAUCCCCCUGAUUCUUCAGGAAGAGAAGCCACCACUGCCCCCGCCUGAGUAUCCAAACAUAGCUGGGCCCCACAGCACCCUCCUGAGCCAGGAUCUAGAUCUACUCGGGGAAUACUCCAUUUAUCAGGAUGAUGAUCCAAACGCACCUCCGUACCAACCUCCACCCCCCUUCACUGUCCCCAUUGAGGGCAAAGGCUCUCGGCCUAAGAACAUGACGUCGUACAGGUCACCCCCGCCCUAUGUGCCUCCCUAACGGACACUCUUACCCCUGUCACACAAGGUGCAAUACGGGAGUCAUUUCAACACUGGAGUCAUUUCACAUGUGCUCAAUCAAACGCUUGGACUUUGUAGAGAAGCAGGCAAAAACAUGUUAGACCAUAAAGAAUAAGACUAUAUUCUCUACAACUAGCACAGAGAAAAUGGAUCAAAAACCUUUGUAAUUCAACAUCACUUUUUGUUCUUCAAAACAGCUUUUGACUUGCAUAUACUUUUUGUCUGAUUUUGCCAAGAAGAGUCGAUUUUAUCUUCAAUGAUGUACUAUUUCUAUUGUAUAGAAAAUAAUAAUGAAGCAGGAAAGACUGAAGCCCGUGGGGCCUUUGAACAGAUGUCACCAUGACAACAGACUCUGGCUCUCCAUCACCGUGUUAAUCUGAGUUUAUAUCACUCUUAUCAGUACUCUGCUCGGUUUACUAAGAUUUUGCGCCUGUUAUUACUAGAGGGGUAUGAAUGACAAAUGCUGAACUGAACGCAUGAACCACUUCCCACAAUCAUUGACUUUGACUUGAUUUCUAUUGUUUCCUUUGGUCCCUCUUGAUAAUAACAUGCAACCCUUGCACUUAUGCAAAUUCUUGCUAAACCUUGCACUAUGUCUGACUGAGACAAGUGGUAGUCCAAAAAGAUGUUUUACAAUCUCUACCCUUAUCACAUGACUACAACUACAUCAUCAAAGAGGACAUUACAUGGGACUAGUCACGUCUGUCAUCGCCGUAGCCUAAUUAAGUUACAAGACACUUGUAUUUCUUUUAUUUCUCCGUGCGUGUGCCUCUGGACCUGCCUGUGUGGUUGCUGUUGCCAAGGUGAUGUCUUUUGAUCACUGUUGCCAGAUCGAGGAUUUCGAGGCCAGUGGAAUCCAGUGGUUAACACAGGGUCAGACCUGGCAACAUGGUCAGUGACGUGGAUUCCAGAGGCAGAAGAUGUAAAUUCAAUCAAGUAGCUGUACUGUUAAGAACAAAUCAGUAUUAAAUUGAAACAUGUCACUCUUAAACAAAAAAAUUUGAUUAUUACAAUUUUAUAUUGUACAAAUGUUGAGUGCUUUUAAUUUUAGCCAUUAGAAUCAAAGACAGUGAAAUACAACUGAGCCAAAAAACUGUCUCUUAGCCCAAAGGCCCUCAACUACAUGGUAACUUGGUGGUUUGUGGAAUAGUUACGGAAUAAAUGGUCUGAAAUAUUCUCUAUAAAAUUUUGCUCUAAAAAUGUAAAAACUACGAGUUGUCUUAAAAAAAAAAAAUCUGAAUUUGCUACUCUCCCUCUGGCAGAUCCACAGUUGAACGUUUUAGUUUCUCUGUAAUGAUGUCUAAGGCAGGACCAGUUCAGAGGCAUGGGAACAAAAGGUUGUACAUAAUUGUGUGCCUGUGGAAAAAAACAAACUCACUUUAGUGUUUAACCAAUAAAACUAGUUGAGGGGUAAAGGGGACAGAGUGGGAAAUGAUUUUAUUUUUUAAUCUAGAUUUAUGAUUACACUUAUAUAAUUUGUGACGGUACAAAAGAGUUAACUUGCCCAUCAUAGAAAAAACAUGAUCGCAAAAUGAUGGUGAGUAACUGCAAGCCUGUGUGAAUUCUGUACAUUUCAUAUCUGAUAUCACCACAAAAAAUGGUUGAAAUCUAAUGUUUUUACUGAGUUUUUGAUACAGUCUUAAACUUGUUUUAUGAAAAUAUAUUAAUAAAAUGUAAUGCUAUUUGUAAAGCUCCAA